UGGGGGAGUGGGACCAGUCAGGAGAUGGGCCUUCUUCCCCUGCCCAACACAGAGGGCCCUUCAUCCAUUCUGAGCAAACCUCUUCCAACAUCUCUGCUCAGAUCCUGGGUGUGGAUUGAGUGAGCCCUUUUGCGUCUAUCAGAAUUGAAGUUGCAACAGACAGACGUGCCUCCCCUCCACCUUCCAUCCCCAAAAGGAAGCGACUUGUGGUUUCAUGAGGCAACUGGCAAGAUGACACUGACAAUGGCAAAAGUCCAACUCCUGAUAAGGAUUUCAGCAGCAGCAAGACACUCUUGGAAGGAUUGCAGCAUCUCUGCUUUCGGGGAGUGGAGCCCAAAAUCUGUCCUCGCUCCCUCACCCUUUGUGUUUGCUAUUUCAUCCGUUCCAAGGCAAGCCUGCUUCGUUGUAAGGAAAGAGUGAGGAGUGAGGGAGCUGCAGCUCAGUUCAGCAGACCGAUUUGGAGAUAUAUUUUUUUCCCCCAACAUAAGCAAGCUGACUGCCAAACCUGAAUUGCCAGCAGGGAAAGGGACUAAGCAACUGCUUUAAGUUUCAGCCUGUCUGUGGUGCAGGUUUUUCAAGUCACACACACACCUGCCUGUCACACACACACACUUUCUCUCUCUCUCUUCCCUCUCUCACUCAUUCAUACACACUCACACACAUCUAGGGAUAAAGGUGCUGUCUGAGUUUCCUGCCUCUGUAGGUACCUUCAUUGAGGACUUUGACUUUCCAGAGAAGAUCUCCUGAGGGCCAGCUCUCUGUGUGCUAUCAAACGUGUACAAAGUGAAAAUGUCCACAGAGAAGGCUAUCAGAGAAGACCAGGUGGAGAUUUUGGAGUACAACUUCACCAGAAUCAGCAAGAACCCUGAUCGUGCCACCCUUGAUCUCAUCGCUGCUGAGGCGGGGCUAUCAGUAGAAGAGGUUCUAGAAUGGUUCAAGAAGCGGCUGGGAGAGUGGAGGAAAUCGGAAGGGCUGCCUUCAGAAUCCAGGUCUGUCAGAGAUUGACUAAAGCUCCCCCUUUUGGAGACAUCCCUGGAAAACGGACAGCAGCUCAGUUAUCGCUCUCUCUGUGGAAUGUUAAUGUCAAAAAUAUUUUUUCCUAUUAUUUAACCUACUGCUUAUUUAAAAUGUAUAUACUAGAGGUGGACAAUAAGUAUAUGAAAUUGUGCAUGCUGAUUGUAAUGUAGACGUUUAUGAAACUUACAAGGAAAAAGCUACAAACUCUGCCUAUUGCAAAUACAGUGAUAACUUAAUGGAGUGGAUCUGGUUUAAUAUUUCUAUUAAUUCCAACAAAAUUGAUAGGA